AACGAUAUCAAGUUGACAGGGAAUAUACGUCGUCCUCUUAAUUGCAGAUCGAAAAAUUACGAUCCUUUGCUGGGCCAUUACGUGAUGACGUCAUGCGCGUGCGCGAGCAACUAUUUUUCGGCAGCGUUGUCGCCAUUUUGCAUUGUGCGUGUCGACAGGUUGCACGAAGCGUCUCGCUCCUCGUAAUUACAGUUUUUCAAGAAUUCUACGAAUUCAGAAGAGCCGUACGCAUACACAGAGACAGACACAAUGCUUUUGAUACACAUAGCUGUUUUUCUUCGUCUUACAUACAAAUGUUAUUCCUUCUACUUAAUCUACAACUUGGGAAUAAAAAGAGAAGAUAUCUAAAUAGAAUGAGAAGGUCUCACAUUAUUCCUUGGUUCGAGGAAGACGAUCACAUUAUCGUUGCAUUAAAGGACUGGAUUGGUAACACGUAAAAUUUCCCAGAACGUGCAAGUAUUCGCUUCUUUUCUUUAAUCGUUGAGAUUCUUUCUCAAUUUAAGAAAGAAUCUCCAUAUACAGCUAUUUUUAAGGAAUUUUGUAAUGAGAUUCAGUAAUUCAUAUUGCUUACGAUGUUUAUAUAUUAAACAACGUAAGCACUAUCUAAAGUUAAUGGUUAAUUUUCGAUGCAUUAAAAAAUUGGAAGUUUUUAAGAAAUCUUUAAUUAAUAGUAACGAUUAGGAAGGAUAAUAAAUAAUGUGUCG